UGAUGUCUUAUGCCUGCGCCAGGGCUGUCCACACAGGCUGUGGAGGCUCCGAGUCGGUUGGGGUGAGCUGUCCAAGCGGCUCUUCGGAACCAAGCAGAGAAGAACAGCAAAACGGACAGGACCUCGCUCGGCGUCUGUAUCACCAUCCACGAUCCUCUUCCUGGGGCUGGCGGUCUUGGAGCAGGGGUCGUCGCCAGGGCUGCGCUCUUUCCCAGGCCUUCUCGCCCGCCCUCUGUCUUCGGCGGCCCCCGCGGGCGGCCCCCCGAGCCUUGUGUGCAUUUUUACACGGGGAAGACACAGAGGCUCGGAGCGCGACGGUCAGCCAGAGGUCACCCGUCCGGGGGCUGUGGGGCUUCGGCUGAGCCUGCAGGGCGCGCCCAGUUCGCCCUUCUUUAGAGCCGUUCUGCUCACAGGAUCCCAUGGCGGCCGCAGCGCCGGUGGACCGGACUCAGGGUGGUGUCUCCUUCAAGGAUGUGUUCGUGUACCUCUCCCAGGAGGAGUGGGGUCUCCUUGAGGAGGCUCAGAGAUGCCUGUACCGUGAUGUGAUGCUGGAGAACUUUGCGCUCGUGGCCUCACUGGGUUGUUGGCGUGAAGCAGACAAUGAAGGGGCCCCUUCUGAGCAGUUCGCUUCUGUAGGAGUGCCACAGGUCAGGGCUCCUGAGUCAGGUCCACUCACCCAGGAAGCCUGGCCAGGUGAGAUGUGUGACCCACUCUUGAAAGACAUUUUGCAGCUGGUUGAGCACCAGGGAUCCCGCCCCUCUCAGAAACCGUACUCCUGCGGCCUGUUUGGGAGAGGAUGCCUGUGCAGUGCCGACUUUUUCCAGCACCAGAAGCGAUGCAGUGGAGAGGCUCCCUUCAGAGGGGAUGAUGGUGGAGCCUCCUUUGGGAAGAGCUGUGCAGUCCACAUGUUCGGGCAACCCAUUACCUACAGGGAAGAAGGGAUGGACUUGCUGGACAGCUCUGGCCUCUUCCAGCACCAGACUGCUCACAAUGGGAUGAGUCCAUACAAGAGGAUUGAGUUCAUAGAGUCUUUCCCACCCAGCUCCAGUCUCAGGCGAAACCAGGGAGACCAAGAGGGACUAAUGCUUUUCAGUUGCAGUGACAGUGGGCGAGCCUUCCUGAACACUGUCACUCUCCUUGACAACCAGAUACCUCACACUGAAGUAAGACCCUUUCGAUGCCUACCAUAUGGAAGUAUGUCCGAGGAGAAGUCAGCUCUUCUUAAUCACAGAAAAAUUCACAGUGGAGAAACAUCACAUGUUUGUAAGGAGUGUGGAAAGACCUUCAUUCACCUGUCCCACUUAAAAAUGCACCAGAAAUUCCAUACUGGAAAAAGACAUUACACAUGCAGUGAAUGUGGGAAGGCCUUUAGCCGCAAAGACACACUUGUUCAGCACCAGAGAGUUCAUACUGGAGAAAGGUCUUAUGACUGCAGCAAAUGUGGAAAAGCCUACAGCAGAAGUUCCCACCUUGUUCAGCACCAGAGAAUUCACACUGGAGAAAGGCCUUAUAAGUGCAGUGAAUGUGGAAAAGCCUUCAGCCGUAAAGAUACACUUGUUCAGCACCAGAGAUUCCACACUGGAGAAAGACCUUAUGAGUGCAGUGAAUGUGGGAAGUUCUUCAGCCAAAGCUCUCACCUUAUUGAGCACUGGAGAAUUCACACUGGGGCAAGGCCUUAUGAGUGCAUUGAAUGUGGGAAGUUCUUUAGCCAUAACUCCAGUCUCAUUAAACAUCGAAGAGUCCACACAGGAGCCAGGUCUUAUGUGUGCAGCAAAUGUGGGAAAGCUUUCAGCUGCAAAGACACACUUGUUCAGCACCAGAUAAUUCAUACUGGAGCAAGGCCUUAUGAGUGCAGUGAAUGUGCGAAGGCCUUCAGCCGUAAAGAUACCCUUGUGCAGCACCAGAAAAUCCACACUGGAGAAAGGCCUUAUGAGUGUGGUGAAUGUGGAAAAUUCUUUAGCCAUAGCUCCAACCUUAUUGUUCACCAGAGAAUACACACUGGGGCAAAGCCUUACAAGUGCAGUGAAUGUGGGAAGUGCUUUAGCCACAACUCCAGCCUCAUUCUACACCAGAGAGUUCACACCGGAGCAAGGCCUUAUGUGUGCAGUGAAUGUGGAAAAGCCUACAUUAGUAGCUCCCACCUUGUUCAGCACAAGAAAGUUCAUACUGGAGCAAGACCUUAUGAGUGCAGUGAAUGUGGGAAGUUCUUUAGCCGCAACUCUAGCCUCAUUCUACACCAGAGGGUUCAUACUGGAGAAAAGCCUUAUGUGUGCAGAGAAUGUGGGAAAGCCUACAGCAGAAGUUCCCAUCUUGUUCGGCACCAGAAAGUUCACACUGGGGAAAGACCUCGUGAAUGCAACAGUUUCAGUGGAUCUUUAACUGUAUCUCUUAAACUUGUUUAAACCAGAAAGUUCAUACUAGAGAAAGGCCUUAUGAAUGUGGAAAACGUGCCAUCUCCUUGUUCAACCAAAUAGGAGUCAUACCAGAGAAAAGCUCUGUGAGUACCCUUUGUGAGGGAACCAGCAGCCAGCAGGUGAACCUUGUACACUGAUUCAUUCAUCCUGGGGAGAGUCCUAAAAAGUACCACCCAUGUGAGAAGCUUUCAUGAGGCACAUUGCACUUUCUAAAAUGUUCUGGGCUCUUGACAGAGUUGCAUUCCUGCCAGUGCCUGGGGUAGAAGCCAUCUCAUUGCUGCCAAAUGUCAAGAUCCUCCACCCAUAGUGUGUGUCAGUCACUCUGGUAUGCUCAGGGAAGGCAGACCUUUGCACUUUCUCUCCUAUUCUGUAGGGGGAAUCAUGAGCAUCUGAGCCCACUGAAGGUCCUCAUUUCCUUCCCCAUGACCGCUUGCCGGCCAAAAGGAUCUGACCUGUAGUCUCUUGGGGGUCUCCAGGCAUUUCCCUUCAUGGACAGUGUUGACUAUAAACAUGAUAGCUGUGACUUAUAUGUCCUGCUUCCAAGUCACCCAGCUUUGGAACUGCCUGCUGUAUGCUGCUCCAGUUUGCCCAGGGAUAAAGGCCUGGUGUGGCAGUCUUUACUUGGGGGUGGAGGGAGGGGAAGCUGUUCACUGUGUGGAGUGGAUUGAGAAAAAAUUGGGUUCUGCCACCAAGAAGGGAGGAACACCUUUUGUCAACACCAACUUUAUGUACCUCAGAAGGGACAGCAGGAUGGAAGAGAAUAGUUCUCAAUCUAGUUUGGCUUAAUUUGCAUUGUUGCCCAAGGCUUUCUGGGAAAGACUGAAGAGUUUUGUGUACCUGAUCCUGUGACCUGGAUGUCAGGAUUUCCUGUGAGCCCAGAGUUCAUUCUGAGGAGGGCAUAGGUGUUGUGAAAAUCUCCAGUGCUUCUGGAAGCAACAUGAAUUGGGUCCUUGUUCCUAGGGACUGUCCCAUUUCCCCCAGCACUUUUGAGCUAUUUCUGUCUCCUGGACCUGUACCGGAGCCAGUCCUUGAUGUCUACAAUAGCAUAUACAUCUGCCAUUGACUGGAAGAGCUAUGUGGGAAUCAUAAUUGGUACAGAAACAUUGAGAUAAUGGGGUGGGAAUGACUGUGACAAAUGAGAGGAGGUAUCUAUCCUAAAGAAGGCAUCUACACAUGUCCAUGCAAUUUUGGCUGUAUGGGGUGAGAGCAUAUGGGAAUUCUAAGGAAUUUCCUACAUCUGUGUCUUCAGGGACCAAGGCCACUAUUAGAGUAAAUUAUCUAAAGGUUUGUGGAUUCCUUUACUUCUCUGACUGUUGUUGUUAUGACAAUCUGCACAGGUGGGGAUCCAAGCACUGACAAAACAGAGAUGAUAGGAUGGGGCUUUUUUGACCCAUGGACUUCAUUGCUGUCCAGUUUUUGCUGACAUUGAGGCAGGGUUCACCCUCCCAAAUUAUAAGGAGAGUGAUAUGAUACAACCAAACUAGGUGGCAGAUGUGACUUUCCGAGAGGGAUGGUAAAUAUGGAUUUUUAUGGGGAACAUUUAGUUCUUAACAGCUUUUAUUAACAUGAAAUAAACUGCACAUUUGUGAAGUAUAAAA